AUGUUGCAAUUGACCCAGCAAACAUUAAAGAACUGGAGCUUCCGUCAAGCCGGAGAUGAAGAUUGGAAGCCCUCUAGAAAAGGAGCAGAGACCACUGAAAUUCACCCUGAUCUUAUUGAAAAUGGGCUUAUUCCUGACCCUUUUCUUGACGACAACGAGAAAUUGGUUCAAUGGGUAGGACUUAAAGACUGGGAGUAUAAGGUCAGUUUUACCCCAGAGGCUUCGGUUCUGAAGCUCAAGGUGCACGAAUUAGUGUUUGAAGGCCUUGACACUUUUGCUGAUGUUUUUCUCAACGGUCGCAAAAUUAUAUCCACUGAUAACAUGUUUGUGCACUACAAAGCAGAUGUGGGAAAAUACAUAAAAUUUGGCGAAGAAAAUGAGCUUAGAAUAUACUUUUAUUCUGCUAUAGUAAAGGGCCGAGAGCUUGAGAAGAAAUUUGGUUGGCAUGGAUGUUCCAACGGAGAAACGUCCAGAACCCACGUCCGGAAAGCCCAAUACCACUAUGGUUGGGAUUGGGGUCCCCUUUUGAUGACAUGUGGCCCCUAUCGUCCGAUCAAGUUUGUUUCGUAUGAUUUGUCAAUCGACGAGGUGUUUGUGGACGUAGGAAUUACAGACGAAUUGAAUGCUUCCAUCGACGUCAAAACAACGAUCUGCGGAUUUGCAGCCGAUGCGGCAUUGCAAAUCAAUGUGUUAUCACCAAGUGGGGAAACAGUUGCGUCCGAGAAGGGCCAAGAAUUGAAAAUAGGAGAAAACUCGACCAAAUUGUAUUUGGAACUGCCCCAGUUAUGGUUCCCCCAUACUCAUGGAACCCCUGCUCUAUAUGACUUCGAGUUGACAAUUGUAGUGGACGGUCACGUGAUCCACUCAGUCACCAAGAAGGUGGGACUCAGAAGCGUCGAAUUGAUCCAAGAGCCAUUUGCAGACCAGCCCGGUGCCAGUUUCUACUUUCGUGUUAACGGAGUCCCCGUGUACAGUAACGGUUCUAACUGGAUUCCUGCUCACUCGUUUCAAACUUGUUUGACCCCAAAAGACUAUACCGAAUGGCUUGAACUAAUGGUUAAUGGGAACCAGAAUAUGGUCAGGAUUUGGGGAGGUGGAUACUUUGAACAAGACAUUUUCUACCAAGAGUGUGACCGGCUUGGGCUUUUGGUCUGGCAUGACAUGAUGUUCGCUUGUGCCCAAUACCCUGGGUACAAGGAGUUUGAAGAAUCGGUUGAAAAAGAAGUGAUUUGCCAGUUGAAACGACUUAGAAACUACUGCAGCAUUGCGUUAUACUGUGGUAACAAUGAAGACUACCAGUCGGCCGAUAGAUUCAAGCUUACAGACGAAACUUUCUUUGGAAAAAAGCGCUAUGAGAAAUCCUUUCCCAAACUUGUGUCUCAGUACUCUCCGGCAGUUCCUUAUCACCCUGGGUCUCCUUGGGGGGGUUCCAGUUACAAAGACGAAACUGCUGGUGACAUCCACCAGUGGAACGUUUGGCACGGAACUCAAGAGAAAUACCAAGAUUGGGAUAAACUUGGAGGACGGUUUGUUUCUGAGUUUGGAAUGGAAGGUGCUCCUGCUUUGAAGACCUACGAGGAGUGUAUCACCGAUCCAAAAUACCGGUACCCCCAGUCGUAUAUGAUUGACCACCACAACAAGUCCGACGUGUUUGAAAGGAGAUUGGCCUCAUAUGUCACCGAAAAUGUCAAAAUGACUGGCAGUGAUCUUGACUCUUGGAUCUAUGCCACUCAGUUGAUGCAAGCAGAAUGCUUAGCUUACGCCUACAGAUGCUGGAGAAGAGAAUGGAGAGGUGAUGGUAAGCGAUACAGUGCUGGUGCUUUGGUCUGGCAAAUUAACGAUUGUUGGCCAUGUGCUUCUUGGGCUAUUGCCGAUUUCAAGAAAAGGCCCAAACUAGCUUAUUACUCUAUCAAGAAAGAAAGUGCUCCUAUUGUCGUGGGAUUCUACAGAACUGGAAUCAAAAAGGAAAACGGUGCAAGUAACUCAAAUGCCAAGUACAGUAUUCCCUUCAACUAUAAUACUACUCAAUAUUUCUUGGAUAUCUGGGGUGUAAAUGGUACAACCAGCGAUAUUAAGGCAGUUUUCAAAGUCGAUCUCUACCAUGUAACGACAGGAGAGAAGCUAAAGAGCUUGGAAGAUCAAAAGGUGAUUUUGAAAGCUAAUCAGUCCACUGAGAUCUUCAAACAGUACGAGCUAGACACGGAAAUUCCAAUAGUGGCACAUGGUACCUUCUAUGACGAGGAAGGAUCGGUGCUUGCUGCUGGAGCAGAUUGGCCUCAGCCAUUGAAGUAUCUCUUUUUCCCUGACAGAAAGAUCGAAAAGGUGGUUAAAGAUGGUUCCAUCACCUUGUCCACCAAUAAGCCCGUGAAAGGAGUAGAAAUCAUCACCGAAAACGAUAUAUACUUGGACGAUAACGGGUUUGAUAUUUUUCCUGUCACUGGCUGCGAAAUUUACAUAAUGUGA